CAACGCAAUGAUAAAACUUAAAACGGUAAUUUCUCUUGUUGUGUUAGUGUUUGUUUUUAAAACAGAUUGUACAGAAGUUUGUUUGAAAAAUGAUAUACACGCAUUGAUUUUAGCCAGAGGAGGAAGCAAAGGCAUUAAACUUAAAAAUCUUGCUGAAGUUGGUGGCUUAUCUUUGCUAGCUCGGACUAUUAUAACAAUUAAAAAUUCCACUUGUUUUAAACACAUUUGGGUAUCCACAGAUGACAAAAGAAUUGCCCUUGAAGCUCAGAAGUAUGGGGCCAUCGUACAUCGUCGUCCUGAAAAAUUCGCCCAAGACGAUACUCCUUCAAUUCAUGCAAUAACGGAGUUUUUAAAUGUACAUAGAAAUAUUCAAGACUUCGCCCUGUUUCAAUGCACUUCCGUUUUUCUAAAAACUAAAUAUAUUCAAGAAGCUGUCCAAAAAUUUGAGUCACAUGACUGUGUUUUUGCAGCCAAAAGAUCACAUUAUUUACGCUGGAAAGUCGUUGACGAUGAAUUGAUUCCAGCAGAGUUUGAUUUAAAUGCCAGGCCAAGACGUCAGGACUGGAAGGGUGAUAUAGUGGAAACAGGAAUGUUUUAUUUCUCAAGAAGACAACUGGUAAAAAGUGGGUUAUUACAAAAUAAUAGGUGCUCCAUUGUAGAAAUUGAUGUCAAAGACGGUUUAGAAAUUGACUCAAAUCAUGAUCUUACUUUAGCUAAAUACAUUUUAAGUAGCGAAACGAAAACAGAAUUAUAAAUUUAUAAGUUAUUUCCAUUGUUUUUGAUGUGCUCUUUAAAUAUUUGUUGAGCUUUUCAUGUUAAAAGUAAAUUAAAAAGUAAAUUAAGUCUAUUUUUUAAGGUUUAAUUUUAAUAGUCACCUUUAACAUUGUUAUUUUUUAAUAGAGUCUGGGUAAUGUCCUUUGGCGAA